GCAGUCUAUUGUACAUGAUACAGGAGCACUGCUCCUCCCUCUUCUGCCGCAUAACUUUACAUCCACUAAUGGAAUUAUUAAUUCCUGUAACAAAGUACUUAAGCCUCGCGAUACUAGAGAGGCACCAGAGACGAGGAUAACCUAUAGGGAUGAAGCUGGCAGUUGUGUGUGUGUCUGUUAGCGUGGCUGUGCUUUUGUCCGCAGAUUGUGUGGAUUGUCAAAGUAUUAUGAGGACUGAUUUCAUCCAAGCAAUGUUUGACGAGUAUGACAGCGGAAUCCCACCGAACUUUGAAAGCAAUCAAUCAACCAAAGUGAACGUCGGCGUAUAUGUAAACAGCAUCGAUUCUAUCAACGAACAGUCAAUGGAUUUCACUAUCAACGCCUUUGUCGAGCAAGAGUGGUGUGAUCCACGAUUGGAAUUUUAUGGAAUGAUAAAAGAUGAUUACUUUGAAUUGGACUCCAAAUUUAUGGUUAAAGUUUGGGUUCCCGACCUGUAUUUCACAAACGAAAAACGCGCAAGUUUCCACGACAUCACUGUACCAAAUAAAAUGCUCCAUUUGUACAAGAACGGAUGCAUCAAAUAUCGCUUGAGGGUAUCAGUGACUGCUUCUUGUCCAAUGCGACUGCAUAAAUAUCCAAUGGACACACAAACAUGCUCCCUUUAUAUACAAAGCUUUGCCUACACUCGAAAGAGAAUUGAGUUUCGAUGGAAGUCCAACAGACCCGUGAUCACUAGCAAUACAGUGGAGCUACCCCAAUUCACUCUUGUAAACAUUGAAACAAACAAUUCUUGUGAUGGAAAUGACGAUGCUGGCGAUUUCACCUGCAUCCAGGUAAAUUUUAAUCUAAAUCGCAAUAUAGGCUUCUAUAUGAUCCAGCUGUACAUCCCCACCAUUAUGAUCGUGCUAUUGUCCUGGCUGUCGUUUUGGCUAAGUGUAGACGCUGUUCCCGCACGCAUUUCACUGGGCAUCCUGACCGUUCUGACAAUGACAACACAGAAAAGCGCCGCCAUAUCUUCCCUGCCCAGAGUAUCCUACGUGAAAGCAAUUGACAUAUGGAUGGCGAUGUGCCUAGUGUUUGUCUUUGCUGCUCUACUGGAAUUUGCUUUCGUAAAUGUGAUGCAGAGAAGGCAGCAGAAAAUCGUAAUCUUAAGUAAUGCCUCAAACGAAUGCAAAUUGUCUCGUCAUUUGUAGGCAGAAGUUAGGACACCAAGUUUGAACAACAGGCGUUUCAACAGCGGACAAAAGGAAGCAAUUCGUGUUGAUCAUGUUUCCAGAAUUUUAUUUCCUGUUGUAUUUCUUACAUUCUGUGUGAUAUAUACUAUCGUAUAUAUGGUUUAAAUUUUUUCAAUAAAAUGAUGACAGUGUAGUUAGCUCACUUGAGCCUACGGCUCAAUUGAAAUAGUCCAGUGAAUGUGCUUUUGUAUAGAGCGUCGGGCUCGGCAUACGGAAUGUCUGCUUGAUUGUAUAUUGAAAUAAAAUUUUAGAAAUUCG